UAUACGAGUGAGCAACAUCGUGUCUGUGAAAAUAGAAGUAUUGGAAACUGAGCUCUGCCUUUUAAUCACACGACAUCCUAUUGCGACUCACAUCUUAUUUAACUUGUUACACCCGCAACCAGGUUGUUGAUUACUUUUAAGCAGCAUAAAAAUAACAACAGUAUUAUAUAUUGAUAUAUAAUUCGAAAAAGAUAUGGUUAUUAUUCAUUGAUUCUCUACUCAACAUACUUCGGCAAUAAACUUUACUGUGAUAAAAUAAAUGCUUUAGUGAAAGGUUAGGUACAAACAUGGAAUAUAAUGUUGGAGAUAAUGAAACAAUAGACAAAAAUAAUAGUUUAGAGGAUUACGCAGACUAUUAUACUGCUGAGGAAUUUAAACCAUAUGAAGAAGCUGCUGCUACAAUUUCCUUACUUUUGUUCACAAUCAUAGUUUGUCUGAAUGGAUUUGUGAUUUUCAUCCUCGUCUUUAGAAAACAGAAAAAGAGUCGCCUCUUCUUUUUUGUACUGCAUUUAGCAAUAGCAGAUUUUCUUGUGGGUUUCUGCAGUGUUCUUGGAGAUGGUAUACAUAGUGCUAUGCACAAUGAAUGGUAUGGUGGGGACUUUUUGUGUAGAAUAUUUCGUUUUAUUUCACCAAUGGCUCUUAUUGCUUCCAAUAAUCUUCUGAUCGGUAUGAGUGUAGACAGGUUUCUGGCAAUCAAAUAUCCACUGAAUGUUGUUAGAAUAGGUGCAUGCAGGUAUCUUGACAAAGGUAUGGUAUUUGGGGCAUGGCUUUUAAGUUUGUUGGUAUCAAGCUUUUUCAUACCCUUCAGUCGAGGAAUCAAUGCAAACCCCGAUGCUGCUGAUAUAUAUGAACAAAAGGGUAGUUGUAAUAUCAACAUGCCUGAAAGCUGGUGGAAGCCGUACGGUUUAACAGUUGUUGUGAUAAUCUAUGUGCUACCAACAAUCGGUAUAACAGGGUGUUAUGUGGGUAUAUGUAUCGUAGUCUGGAUGAAAUGGCGUUCAAGAUUAAAAUUAUCGGAGAUAGACACGAAUGAAAGCAGUGAUCGACUUCAUGGUGAUAAAUCAUUAAGCAAAGGACUCCUACCAAGGGCUAAGAUAAAGAGCAUUAAAAUGACGUUGGUCGUGUGUUUAGCUUUCUUUAUAUGCUGGACACCAUAUUUCGUAGUUAUGUUAAUGAAGAUCUAUAACCCAGAAAAAAUUGGAAUGAAAGCUAAUCUGAUAUUUGGCUGUCUAUACCCACUAAACAGUGCCUGUAAUCCUCUUAUAUUCAUCAUUUUCAAUCGCAAACUGUUCAAUUGCGGGCAAAAAGACCAACGGGCUGUUCAAUCGUAUGAAGGCAUGAGCACACAAGUGACGUCAACGUGACUAGGCGCGUUCCUCUGGGUAGUCACUCAGAUCUUACAUGUUCAAAAAACAAGAUCAGAUGAAUUUAGAAACAGAAAUGAAUACAAUUUAUACUAACGUCUAGCAUAGUUUACUUUGAGUAGAAUAGAAAUAUCAAAACGUGUUUUGUGUCAUAGAUUAAUGACUAACCAAAACAUUUUUUACAAGCAAACAUGCAAAGAUUCGCGUGCCUGUAGUACCAUACGCAAAAUAGUAAAUGUUGCUAAUGCGAAUGUUCUAAUAAUGUAACAAUUUAAGGACACUCUACAUGUACAUUUAACUUAAGCAGAAAAAGUCUUACAAAUUUAAAAAAAGCAAUAUUCUAUUUCAUAACUUUAAAGAAAUCUAAAAUAGAGCUUUUAAAAAACAAAAAAGGUAUAAAUAUGAAUAUGUUAUUUUAAUGAAGGUCAAAUUGUUCUGCAUUUAUUACUGUUUAAUUGAAAAGUAUACGACUUCGAACACCAAUAGACUUUCAAAACUUUCCAUCUUCAUAAAACGAAUAAAGUUUUGGUUACCAUCAUAAAAGUAUGGUUGCUGAUUUCUGCCAUGUCCUAACUUCGUCUUGUCGCAAUUGAAAUGGCGACAAUCCGAUGAACGAAAGAACAACAAAAAUGUAUUUUAUCGUUUUGUCGCACUGUUUUUAUCGUUUCGUUGUUACUUUAUGUCGAAUCCCUUCAAACGCGACGUCACGACAAAACAAAAAUAUGAAAGCCCGAGACGUAACAAAGUGUGAUACGGUGUCAAGAAGUAUUUGAAAUAAUAUUAUACAUUAAUUUUCUUCAGUACAUAUAAGGAACUUUUAACCUUAUAUCUUAAUAUUUACACAAAUGACAUAAUUCGGGACAUUGUUUUAUAUAUAUUUAUAGUUGUCAGCAUAGAUAUAGGUGAUUAAUAAUUAGCGAAAUUACAAAUAUCAAUUUUUUCUGAUUUCUUCCUUUUCUAGCCUACCGUAAGUUUUCGUUUUGCUAGAUAUUGAAAUUGAAAUAUAUUGUACCAGCGAGGAGAUCUUUCACGUGUUACUGACAAGUAUCUUCAUUUUUUUUGUUAAAUAACUUUUUUACGGCGCACUAACACAGUUGGGACCAAAAGACCAGAAAUGAUUAUUUUGCUAACCUCGGAUGUUACAAACUGAAAGCAACACCAGGGGUCUUACUGCUGGAGAUAAAAGAUGCAUAGACUCCAGAUAUUCGAACCCGUUUAGUCUCUUACGAUCACCCAGGGAUUAACAGUGGCUGUGUUUAUGUAAGUAACAGAUACAAUGUUUCAUGCAUAUACCGAGAUACAAAGUUUAGCCUUGAGUGGGCAGAUUGAAUUUAUCUUUCAUAAAUUGGUAGUUUCUGUUAGAUUAGAAGUUUAUGCAAAGUGUAUUUUGUAAUGUAAACAUAUUUUAUUUUUGUAUCAACAGAUCCAUAAAUAAUCGUUAUUCAAUAAAUAAUUUACGCCAUGUACAUUGUAUUUUAACAAUUUAAAUUCGAUAUGAACUUGUUGUUUUUAUAAUUGUCAGAUUACUUGUUUCCUUAUUGUUGAAUCAACAGCAUACAUUUCAUGAUUAUAUGUUAAAAAGAUUUCACCACGCUCGUGUCCGUCAAAUAAAAUGCUACAAAACA